GGGAGGCCGUGCCCGGGGACGCCGCCGCCGCCGCCUCUGCUGUGGAGACCGAAACUGCGAGCGGGAAGGACCCGAUGGAGGCCGCCCCCGACGGCCCCGAGGCCAUGGACACACAGGCGGGGUCGGUGGAUGAGGAGAACGGGAGGCAGCUGGGAGAGAUCGAACUGCAGUGCGGCAUCUGCACCAAGUGGUUCACGGCAGACACCUUCGGCAUCGACACCACAUCUUGUUUGCCUUUCAUGACCAACUACAGUUUCCAUUGCAACGUUUGCCACCACAGUGGGAACACGUAUUUCUUAAGAAAACAAGCAAAUCUCAAGGAAAUGUGCCUUAGUGCUCUGGCCAACUUAACGUGGCAGUCAAGGACACAAGAUGAGCAUCCAAAAACCAUGUUCUCCAAAGAUAAGGAUAUCAUCCCAUUCAUUGAUAAAUACUGGGAGUGUAUGACCACGAGACAGAGACCAGGGAAGAUGACUUGGCCUAAUAAUAUUGUCAAAACUAUGUGUAAAGAAAGAGAUGUGUUCUUAGUGAAGGAGCACCCAGACCCAGGGAGUAAGGAUCCUGAAGAAGACUACCCAAAGUUUGGACUUCUGGACCAAGAUCUUGCCAAUAUUGGUCCUGCGUAUGAUAACCAGAAGCAGAACAAUGCUGUAUCCACAAGUGGAAAUUUAAAUGGAGGAAUUGCUGCAGGAGGCAGCGGGAAAGGGAGGGGAGCGAAACGCAAACAGCAGGACGGAUCGACCACUGGAACAGCCAAGAAAACCCGAAGCGACCCGUUGUUUUCUGCGCAGCGCUUACCACCCCACGGCUACCCCUUGGAGCACCCCUUCAACAAGGACGGCUAUCGCUACAUCUUGGCUGAGCCAGACCCCCACGCACCUGACCCAGAGAAGCUGGAGCUGGACUGCUGGGCAGGAAAACCAAUUCCUGGGGAUCUCUACAGAGCCUGCCUGUAUGAACGGGUCCUCUUGGCACUGCAUGACCGAGCUCCUCAGCUGAAGAUCUCAGAUGACAGGCUGACUGUUGUUGGGGAGAAGGGAUAUUCCAUGGUCCGAGCCUCGCAUGGAGUCAGGAAGGGAGCGUGGUACUUUGAGAUCUCCAUGGAUGAGAUGCCCCCAGACACAGCUGCCAGAUUAGGCUGGUCACAGCCACUGGGGAACCUCCAGGCACCUCUGGGAUAUGACAAAUUCAGUUACUCCUGGCGCAGCAAAAAGGGAACAAAGUUUCACCAGUCCAUAGGGAAGCAUUAUUCGUCUGGCUACGGACAGGGGGACGUUCUGGGCUUUUACAUCAGUCUUCCAGAAGAUACUGAGACUGCCAAGUCGCUGCCUGACACUUACAAAGAUAAGGCUUUGAUCAAAUUUAAAAGCUAUUUGUACUUUGAAGAGAAGGACUUUGUGGACAAAGCAGAGAAGAGCCUGAAGCAAGCGCCGGGAAGCCAGAUCAUAUUCUUCAAGAACGGUGCCAGCCAAGGAGUCGCUUUUAAAGACAUUUUUGAAGGAGUUUAUUUUCCUGCUAUUUCUUUGUACAAAGGCUGCACGGUUUCUAUCAACUUUGGGCCAUAUUUCAAGUAUCCCCCCAGAGAUAUCACGUACCGCCCCAUGAGUGACAUGGGCUGGGGAGCUGUUGUGGAACACACGCUGGCAGACGUCCUGUAUCACGUCGAGACAGAAGUGGAUGGAAGAAGAAGCCCUCCCUGGGAGCCUUGAAGAAGCACAAUAAGGCAACAACACAGUGACUCAAAUCAGGUGGAUUUUAUUCUGGAGGAACGUGCAUCACUCAGAACAAUCCGUCAACGAACAAACACCAUGAAGCCAAUGCAGCUCUUGGCAGCAGGUGCAGCGUACGUGUGGUCCUUGCUGAAGAUUGAUGCACUGCCACUGUGCUGAGUCCAAGUAAAUGCUGUUCUAAUGUGUAUUGUGCUAUUUGUGAGCAUCUCUUGGAGUCUUCAGUAACUCACAGUGUAGCUAGCUGAAGAAGCAAUGAUUGUGUUGAGAUAACUUCCCAUCUGACAUUCAGGGCUCAUAACAGUCAUCGUUCAGUGGGACCAGGUGUGUGGUUGGACCCACCUGCUGUAUCCAUACCUGCAGAAGCAACUCUGACACUUCUGCUUAGCUGUGCUUGGCUAAAUGUGAACAGUUUCCAUCCAGAAGGAUUGUGUUGUAACAAGACUACUGCAUGUAAGACUGAAAUUUGGGCUUCUGCCCAAACUGUAUUUUUUUGUUUUUUGGUUUUUUUUUACAUAAACUGGCAGCCAGUUUAAACAUAAACUCUUCUUUUAAACUUUCA